GGCACGCGAGACUUUAAUCGAUCCGAUCCCGCCCCAAAGAGUGAACCGGCUCUCCUACGUUUGCUAGAUUACGUCCAAGUAGAUCAAGUUGUGAAAGUUUUCUAUUUUUCAAGGCAAGACUCACUCUCCACGAAGUAGCUCAUAACUGUAUCGAUUUGCGAGGGAAAAGCACACAAUUUAAGGCACGCACUUUCAUUUAUGUGACCUCUCCCCUUAUGGUGCAUAUUCAUUGGCGUAGCUACGUGGGAGAGCGUAUAAAGGAGGAACCAUGAUGGAUCAAUUAAAAUAACAUGAGGAACACGGUGCAGCUUGGCACAGUGGACCCGAGCCUGACACGACCACACACACGGGAAAUACGGUUCGGGCCAAGAAUCUAAACUUUACGUGCGGUAAAGUGAGGCAGGUUGGACAUUCUUCAGAAAUAAGUAAGCACAAUGGCGUCCUUGAUAACUCCACUUCUCUCUGUGGCACCAACUCGAGCUCUUGUUGAUGAGAAGUUCAAGGUGCGAGUAAAAAAUCUGCCUGCAGGACUUCCAUUCACUCUUCACUCCCUCCACCUAUCAGAAGACAAUGACUACUGGGAGGCAUUUGGUCAUUACAUCAGUAACUACAAUGGAACAGUGUGUGUUUCAGAGCAUUUAAGUCUAGGGGGGACAUACACAGGCAAAGAGCCCAUGGGUUUGUUGUGGAGUUUACGUCCAGUUCCAGGAAGCCGCAAAGGCCUUAGAUUAAGAAAGAAGAAUGUCUCUAGCCCUCUGCUGUAUACUAUCUCAGUAUACAGCGGGCAUUUAACUGAGGGAUUUCGAGACCAGGCACCACUGGCCUCAGUGGUGACAGAACGAUGGUACAUGGCUCCAGGAGUUCAGCGGAUCAGCAUCAAAGAAAACAUAGUGAGAGGGACUAUGUUUUUACCCCCAGGCCCUGGUCCAUUCCCGGGACUCCUGGAUAUGUGGGGUGGUGGAGGUGGCUUGGUGGAGUAUCGUGCCGCCAUACUGGCUUCACAUGGUUAUGCUGCUUUUGCCUUGGAGUACAUAAACCCUGGAGAGAUGGCGACUGCUGAGCUGGAGAUAGAGUAUUUUGAGACAGCGUUUAAUAUAGUGAAGGACCAUCCUAGGGUGAUACCUAACAAAGUCGGGAUAUUUGGGCUGUCUUUUGGUGCGACAGUGGCCUUUUAUUUGGCAUCUGAGAGCAAUGUUGUUAAGCCUCGCUGCUGUGUAUGUAUCAAUGGACACACUAUCUUUAGCCGUGGGAAGUCUUUUGCCGAACAAAGCGGUGAAAUGCUAAGGAAUGCCCAUUUGAUACGCAUAGAUGAAGACGAUAAUCAUAUGUGGAGGAAUUUAUUUCUCAGCAGAGAUAACACACUUGAUAUGGAAAAAAUAAAUUGUCCGGUGUUGCUGGUGUGUGGCGAGGAUGAUCAGAAUGUUCCUUCUGUGGAAAUCGCAGAUGAUAUUGAACGGACAAUGCAUGCUGCGGGGAAAGGGCAUUUACUGACCCGAAUAAAUUAUCCUGGAGCUGGACAUCUCAUUGAAGUUCCCUAUGCACCUCAUUUCAGAGUGACAGCAUUCAUGCAAUCAAGAACACAGAAAAUCAUGAUGCUGUGGGGAGGGCAGACCAAACCUCAUUCAGAUGCACAGGAAGACUCAUGGAAGAAGAUCUUGGACUAUCUAGAACACCAUCUGUUCUCAAGCCCCAGUCUGGAGUCUAAACUGUAAAGAACCAAAAGUGCAAAGUUUGCAGCAUUUUAAAUUGAAAUCAUGUUUUUUAUUUUUAUCAGCAAAUCUUUAAAUAAUUGCUUAAAAUGCAUUUUUAUAUAUAUAACUACUAAAACUCAGAUAUUAAUGAUAUUUAUGUCUUGUUGCAACGGAGGUCUUGACAAUUUGUGUACAAGUCUAUACAUUUUGUAAGCUUCACAUGAUUAAUGUUUUGGUAAAGUAAAUAUAGAAAGAAUGUUGCCUUACCUAAUUUUACUUCCAUCUAAUAAAAAUAUUUUUUCUGACACC